AUGGUCCCUGACAACCGGAAUCUAAAAUGCAUUCACGUCGUCAGCAUCCGCAACGUCUCUUGCCUUCUGCCCUCAGGAAACUCACCAAGACAUGGCACAGUCCUGCAAAACCCCUUUAGCCUCUUGGCAGCUGCCUCUGGUUGCAGAUGGGCACUCCCCGUCAGAGUGAGUGUCCCAAAUAGUUCUCGAGGAGACAUUUGGACCCUUACCGAUGCAAGAAAGGACCUUGGGCAUGAGCAACAGGAGAAACUUCGACCGCCGCCAAUACCCGUCGGUUCUUCAGAUUCUCAACUAUCAGAUACGUCGUCAAACUCCCAGUCACUUCCGCCGAAAACAACAACAGCUGUAUUUGCAAGGUCGUCCUCGAUUCACACAGACUACGGGAACGAAAAGGGACAAUGGAACCAAGACCUAGCACAUAUCAGCGGCCACUUCAACACGCCUCCAGAUCACUGUCGCGACUGCCAUGCCAGCCUGAAGUGCCGGGAAGGACCCAACACUUCCUCAAGUUCUCGAAGUUUGCCUCUUCAAUACGCGCCGUGUUCCGACGAUAGCCCUCUCUUCCAGUUCCUCGUCAAAUGGAACGUGAUUAUGAACGUGGUCCUGCAGCUCGUCACCAUCAUCGCUGCCUUCGUGUUUGGAGCCUGGGCUAUCAAGUCGUACGCCGCGGCGGAGAAGGCAAACAUCCUGGCAAAAGCUGCGAUUGAGCAGAGCGAGUGGUCGAAUAAACUCGCACUCUUGGCCCUAUGUCACGAGGCGAGGUUCUCCAAUGACGUUGAACGGGACCAGGCCAUCUUCGAUACGGAUCCUUGCUCUGCCGUGUUCCAACGAGCAUCACUCGAGAAGCUCAUAGACGCCGCUUUCCCUCCGGCAGCAGGGGUGCCUUCUCCAGCGCCUUCGGCCACAUCCUCCACCGAAGUCGAAUCAGGCCUUCCAAGUUCAACUGGGUCUGCACCCGACUCCCCAAUCUCACCCACCCUUCCGUCGCCCAGUCUAUCCCCGACUCGUUCGUCGGGCUCUCAACUCGGAACUACGCCGACCACGGCUCCUUCGCCAACAGAGGCCUCGAGCGACUGGAAUAUUGGAAACGGGAGAGGAGAACUUCCAGAACAAGGGGAGAUGUCACUGGAGAAGAUCAUUGGAGUUGUGGUGGGCUCCGUGACCGGCCUAACCUUUCUGAGCGUCUCGGACCUCUGGGUUGAUGGGGCUGCGCCGCUGUGGUAUUAUCAGAAGGCCCAGAAAGUGGCCUAUUGUCUCUCUACCCUCUCAAUCUUUUCCACAAGCAGCAUGGUCUUCUUCAGCAAGUUGGUCCUCUUGACUUUAACCACCAUCAUCGCCAGUGCUUCUGCACUCCCUCAAUCGGGAACCGUGCCUCCACAGUUCCAAUGCAAUCGCAACUGCUACAUUCAAUUCACCCCAUGCAACGAGAUUUCUCAUCCAGCUUAUGACAACGGGUGCUGGAGGUGCUGCUUGAACAAGCCGUGA